AUGGCUAUUGUCAAUGCGAAAUAUCAGUUUAUGAUGGUAGAUGUUGGAGCGAAUGGACGAAUAUCUGAUGGUGGAGUUCUGAAGAACACGAUAUUUUGGCAAAAGUUGUCUCAGAACCAAUUAAACAUUCCUAAUGCACGUGCAUUACCCGGCUCAAAUAAAACGUUCCCUUACGUGUUUGUCGGUGAUGAAGCUUUCCAACUUCAGACAAAUUUCAUGAAACCUUACAACAGAGCAGUACUCACGGAUGAAAAACGGAUUUACAAUUAUAGAUUGUCCCGAGCACGCAGGAUUGUUGAAAAUGCGUUUGGAAUUUUAACAUCGAGGUUCAAAAUAUUCCAAAAAAAUAUUAAUUUUGAACCACACAAGGCUAGGAAAAUAGUGAUGGCUUGCUGUCAUUUACACAACUACUUGUCAACAAGAAAUAAUGGAUAUUAUUUGCAACGUGGUGAUGUUGAUUAUGAAAACAAAGAUACUGGCAGAGUAGAAGAAGGUUCAUGGAGACAAGGAACUCAGCAUGUAGCAGAACUUCAAAGAACUAGAGGAAAUUCAGCGGCUGAAGCAAAAUAA